AUGGCAGAGAAAGAGUUGGAUCCAAGACUCUUGGAAAUUAUGAAAGAAACCGGUACCAAAUUGUCGGGAGAUGAUUUGAGUGCUCUUAAAACCGUUAGCGUAAAGGAGUUAAUUAAAUUGUGGGAAGCUCUAGCAGUUGAUCAACAGGAGCCGACAGCAAAAGGAGGCACUAAAUCUGCACCAAAACGUACAAAGAAAGAAAUAUUUGAGGAAUGGACUAAAGGAGUGGUUGAACAGUACAAAAAGCAAGCUGAGAAGAGACUCACGGCGUCCUCAUCUCAAGGAUCUCACGCACCGAAACCAAAACUCAUGAGUGAUCACGAAUAUAACAAGUCGAUCAAGGAAGCAAGAAAUAAUUUGAAAAAAAGAAUUGAACUAUAUGAGAAACUGGUCUCAGCAAAAGAGGCUAACGAUCAACAAGCUCUUAAAGAGUUUUCAUCUCGCCAUAGAACAGAAUUGAAGAAUGAUCUUAAAUCCCGAAAUACCUCGUACUAUGAAACUAUUCUCAAGAAGAAAUCAAACCAAUCCUUAAAGCUUGUGAGACCCUCGGUUGUUCCUCAAAUAGUUACCAUUAACGAAUCAAAGAAACAGCCAUUAAUUCUUGCGUCUAAACAGCUAGGAGCCAAUGGAGAAGUUUUACUAUUUCUAGAAAUUGCUAGUGAUGACUCAAUCCGAGAUGUUGUUAUUGAGGCGAUUCCAAAUCAAGGCGUUGACGUAUCCGUUCUUUCAGCUCCCCAAAUCGAGAAAAUUGGUCCAGAAGAUUUGGAAGCUGCAGUGUUGAAGAUUGACUCCAAAGAUGCAAUUACUGAAGGUGGAGGAUGUCAAAUGAGGCUUCAAGUACACUAUACAGAUGAAGAAACCGGGCAAAGAAAGACACAAACUCUUUCCCCUAUUCAGUUAGGUGUGGUUGAUACUAUCGAAGCCGAGACAAAGGACACUACUGAAUUUGAGAAUUUGUGGUUCAAGACUGGGCAAAAAAAUGAAACAAAAGAAACUCUUAUUUUUGAUUCUCCACUUCAAGAUGCAAUCGAUUCAUUUGUAGAAGGAGCAGGUAUGAUUCCAAUAUCUGAGGCACAACAAGAAAUACCUGCAACAGCUACAAAACAUACGAUGCAAUUUUUUGCAAAAAAGGAUGACAAACCUAUUUUAACUAAGGUAGUAUUUACCUCAAAAUCAAAUGGAACGGAAGCGCUCGUUCAAACAAGAACAGAACUAGAGAAUGUCAGAUCUGAAGCCGUGAAGAAUCUCAAGUCCUUUUGGGAAAACAUGAAGCAAAAUAAGGAAGAGAUUGUAAAGGGAGUCGCAAGAAAAAUUAAAUUUGAAAAAGAGAAAGAGGAACAUAUCAAAGCUCAAGAAAUACUGAGGAAGGCAAGAGAAGAAGAAGAAGCAAAGCGUAGACAGGAGGAAGAGGAGAUGGAACGACUGCUCAAGGAACAGGAAGAAGAAGCCAAGCGUAGACAGGAGGAAGAGGAAGAAAUGGAAAGAAUACUAAAAGAAGAGGAAGAAAAACGGGCGAGGGAGGAAGAAAAACGCAGACUUGAAGAAGAAGAGAGACUAAAACGAGAAGAGGAAGAGAGAAUUAGAAAAGAACAAGAGCAAAUCAGACUGGCUGAGGAAGAACGGAUUCGACAGGAAGAAAUGCUAAGAAUUAUCGAAGAAGAGCGUCUCAAAAAAGAGAAAGAAGAGCAAGAAAGAAUUCAAAGAGAAGAGCAAAUUAGACUUGAACAAGAACAAAAGCAACGUGAAGAGGAAGAAAAGAGACGUAAGGAAGAGGAAGAAAUGGAAAGAAUACUAAAAGAAGAGGAAGAAAGACGGGCGAGGGAGGAAGAAAAACGCAGACUUGAAGAAGAAGAGAGGAUAAAACGAGAAGAGGAGGAGAGAAUUAGAAAAGAACAAGAACGAUUGGAAUUGGAAAGAAAAGAAGCUGAGGAGAAAAGGAAAAGAGAACAGGAGGAGAUGGAAAUGCAAAUACGAUUGAAGCAACAGAGGGUUGAAGAACACAGAGCAGCAAGAAUCCAAUCUCUCGAAACCAACAUGCAGAACUUUUGGAACAAAUUUGGUAAACCUCUAAAGACAAAGGAAUUUACAGGAGCAAGCCCCUUCAUAGUUAAGGUUCAUACUCUUCCUUCUCACCAAGUUAUUGAGGUUCAAAUCUCUCCUCCACAAGACACCAACACGUGCUACAGAAAUGUCAAAAUUGACAUCGAUCCAAUCAUCAAGGGUCUCCACAAGGAGGCAUACCAAGUUAUGAUUGAUGAACUCUAUCCCUACAACAACACAAGCUCGGUUGCUGUUGCCUUAAAGAGAGAUGAAGAAUUCCCUGUUGGAGAACUGGGAGAACUAAAGAUACUGUUCGAUUCUGCAACGUUUGACCCAUCCAACGAUGAGAUAAUUGGAGAACCUCAGCCAUAUGAGGUUUCGAUGGAUAAUAUUGAAUUCAAAAUUGGAGACCUUAACCUUACAGAAACAGAACCAAGUUUUGAAGAUUUCAAAACUCUAUGGGACAGUGGUAUCUUCAGUGAACAUGGAACAGAUAAUAUCAUUUCAGGCGAGCACCAAAAUCCAGUUGAUUUAGUGAAAUCAUUUUGCAUUUCGCAUGAUCUUGCACCAGUAAUACAUGUAAAGGAAGGUGUCGAUGAAGGUACAUGUUUCUUUGGCUCCUCCUACGAAUUCCCAUCAGGUGAUGCAGCACUUGUCCUUGGAAAAGCUAACAAGUUCGAAAACGGUGUUGUUAAACUCAAGGUUCAAGUCAAAUCAUCAGAGAAGCAAAUAACAGAAAAGUUCUUAAAAUCUUUUUGUUCGAGCUAUAAGGAACAAAUCAAACCAGUUCAAAUGUUUGAAGACAAAACAAGCAAUGAAUUACAAGAAAAAUUGGGAGUACCAGUCGCCAUUCAAAAAUGUGUCUUGAUUUCCAAACCAUCAAAUCCACUAAUCAAAGUUGAAGUGUCUAAGCGCGUUUAUCCUGACAAAGUGCUCCUAGAAUAUCGUGUAACGAACAAUUCUUAUUCACCUAUUGAAAAUGUUGAUAUUUCGAUGGGUGGAAUUGGUUUCGAAUCUGGAGGUGGUGAGGGUGAUAUUAUUGAACCAGGUGAAGAGGCUGUUUUGUACAAGAUUGUAUCUCCUGAAUUUGAGGAAGGAUGUACAUCUCCUUGUUUAACCUACUCUGUAUCUGGCCAUCCUGAAAAGCAUGAGCUGUUUAAUGUUAUGUUGGGUCUGAAGGAUGAAAUAAUACCAGUAUAUCCAACUGCAGAUUUCUUUGAUGUGGAGUGGCAACAAAGUGCUACUUUCGAAACAGUACCCCACGUUGCUGAGUUAAUGUCCACAGAACUUAACCAACUGAGUGAAUGUGUGAAUGAUGCGUUUGGAGCAACUAAAGCUCUCAACCAGCAUGAAGUUGAGGAAUCAUCUUCAGAUACUUUGAAUUACAUGUUCAAUUUACCAUCAGGAGAAGACUUGCUUAUUCAAGUUCUUUUGGAACCAACCCCAACAUCUAUCAAAUAUUCUCUCAGGUAUAAGGGUGAUAGCCCAAAAACAAAAGCAUAUGUCCAAUCAUUGAUUUCUUUUUUGCGUUAUGAGGUUCAAAAAAGAAAUGCUAUUAUUGAAGAGCAACAAUUACCAGAGAUUCCAGAAGAAGAUGUCCAACCUCCUCCAAUUGAAGAUUCUGUUCCUGAAUUACCUGCUGAUGAAGAUUCUGCCCUUAAAGAAGACAAUCCUCCUGAACUUCCAAUAGAAGACGAAAAAACUGCAACACUUGCAAUAGACGAAGAGCCUGAAAUUCCAGAUGAGGAAGAACCAGAAUUACCUACAGAAGAAGAUCAGCCUCCGGAAAUUCCAUACGAAGAACCUCCGGAAAUUCCCUCUGAGUUUGAAGAGGAGCCUCCUGAAAUUCCACAGACCACAGAAGAGGAAGAGCCUGAGCUUCCACCAGAAGAUGAAGAGCCUGAAUUACCACAAGAGGAGGACAAUGUACAAAAUAUUUCUGAACCUCCUGUUGUUGAGGAUGAAGAAGAGCCUCCAAUACAGCAAGAAGACGAACCAGAACUUCCACCAACAGAAGAAGAGCCUGAAAUUGUACCAGAGACAGCCGAAAAACAACAAACACCACUUGUUGAUCAACAAGCCAAGCCUGUAGAGCAAAAACCUUCUGUUGUUGACGAUGAAACUCCUCCAAAAAAGCCAGAAUUAUCAGAAGAAGAUACAUUUGCAGAGGAAGAAAAAGUGCUCAAACAAAAUCAAGUGGAUGUUUCAAAACUUAGUAAUACAACUUGGUUGAAACCACGAUUUGUUGUUCACCAAAAUGGAAGUCCAAACGAUAAGAAGAUUUGGGAAAUUGACUUCUUUGCAUCCACAUUCAAACUAUUCGAUAAGAAGGGAGGAAAACUUAAAAGUACCUAUCAAGCUAAAGAUUUAUAUUCCCUUGAAAGACAUUUUACUGACUCUAGAAGAUCUGUUUUGAGAUUCUUUGGAGACAAGUCACAUCACGAUCUCGUAUUUGAAUCAAACUAUCAUAGAGAACGAUUUUUUGAAUGUGCUUCCUGUAUGAGAAAGAAUUUAUUUGUUUGGUGCCCCUUCGUUUGUGGUCCUGGACAAGUCAAAGUCAUUUCUGACCUCAAAGGUUCAUUCAACUGUAUUGAGAAUGGUCAAGUCAAGCAAUAUCAUGGUGAAUGCAAAGUCAACGCAUAUGCAAAAGCCUUUGAACCAAUCCAAGUAUUCUGUAUGACUUGGAAUAUGGGCGGAAAGAAAGCUCCUAAAGACCCACAAGAACUCCAAGACAUUCUAGUUCCUGGAAAAUACGAUCUAUAUGCGAUUGCAACUCAAGAAUCUGGAUUUCCUAAAGAUGUGAACAAAUUUAAAGCCUACGUUGAAAAUUGUCUUGGAGACAAGUACAUUGUUUUGACUUGUAUUACAAUGUGGGAAAUUCAAUUGGUUGUUCUUACAAAGAAGUCUCACUUUUUAAAGAUUUCAAACAUUCAAGGCGUUCAAAAAGCAACAGGAUUUGUUAAAGUUGCUGGAAAUAAGGGUGGUGUUGGAAUUUCGUUAUGCUUCAACGAUACCGCAAUGCUUUUUAUUUCAUCUCAUUUGGCUGCUAAUCAUGGCGAGGGAACAGACGACAAGGAAUAUCUGAAUCUUAGAAAUCAAAAUGCUCAAGAGAUUAUUGACGCCAUGUCCAUUGGCAACCCAACAAUGGACAUUAGUGGACAGUUUGAUUACAUUUUCUUUAUGGGUGAUACAAAUUAUAGAGUUGAAUUGCCUUAUGAUGAUGCUGUUGGUUUGGCAAGAAACAAAAAGUAUGAUCAACUCGUUGCAAAGGAUCAACUAAAGGCACAACAAAAACUUGGAAAGGUGUUUUAUGGCUUUAAAGAAAAUCCAAUUUCAUUCCCACCAUCUUACAAGUACAAACCUGGAACACUUGAAUUCGAUAAUAAGAAGAAGCGAACACCAUCCUACACGGACAGAAUACUUUACAAGACAUUCCCUGCUUGCAAGAUUCUGAGUGAAAAGUACACUGUAAAGUUCCCAGAAUGCAAACACCCAUCGGAUCAUCUUCCAGUCCAAUGUGUUUUCACUGUUCCCACCCACAGACCAUUCGUGUCUGUAUUUACUUCUGAAGCUCAAUAUUCUUGCCAAAUUAUCUUUGAAGAAAUUGUUUGUAAAUUGGCUGUCAGAGAGGAAAUUAUCAAUCCUACUCUAACGUUUUAUGCCUCUUGGCUAGAUUCAAAUGAAAAGGGAGAAUAUCCAAUGACUUCCAAGAUUGCGAAUACAAAGACACCACUAUGGACAAAGGAACAAAUACCAGUACUUGUUCCAGCAACCUCCAAUGUAGAAUAUUUGCGCUUGAAACACCUAUCGCUAACCCUUAGAACUGGUAAGCCAGAAAUUAGCCGUGGAAUUGAAAAUCUUAUUGGAACUGUCAUUUUACCACUUCAAAAUGCUGUAGCCAAGAGCCCUGAUAAAAAUCCAUUCAAGGCUCCUAUCCAUGCGCAAGGUGGAUUGGCUGCUGGUAUCAUGGAAGGAUGCUAUAGGAUUGUGUAUAAAAAGGAGGACAUGGGCAAGAAACUCAUGACUGCAGACUUGGAAUAA